AUGUUAUUAGAAAUGGAUUCUAUGCCAACUAAUAAUAACAUUGAAAUUUCUACUUUAGACAAUGUAGAUAAAUCGAGUUCUUUAGAAAUUAUAGAAGAAGAAUCUUUAAACAAGAGAAAAAUAGAUGAAAUAAAUAAACAUUUAAAUGAUGAGUUAGAAGAUGAAAUUAUGAAUGUUGAAAACUUUGAUAACUUAUUACAAGACUGGUUAGACAUGUUAGAAGAAGAAAG